UAUCCUACUCCUGGUUUCAUCGUCCCAAGGAUUUCAUCUGAAGGGCGGGGCUUUCUUCAAAUCCCUCCACCCCAACGGGAGCCUGAAGUCUGGACCAAUGAAAGCAUAGUACCUCAUUUACUGGCACUAAGAACUGGCACUAUUUAAGUGGUAGCAGGAAUGGGCUGUGAAUCGCGUCUGCUUUCUCCACAAACAGGCACAGUGUUGUCUGAUCUGGACAUCUCUGAGCUGAAGAGAGGGAAGGGCAAAAGCCUGUAGGUCCCUACUGCCACCAUGUGCUCUAGCAAGUGUGCAAGAUACAUCGGACACUCUCUGGUGUUGUUUGCUGUCCUCUGCAUCGUAGCUAAUAUUUUGCUCUACUUUCCUAAUGGGGAAACAAAGUAUGCUGUUGAGGACCACCUCAGCCGCUUUGUGUGGUUCUUUGCUGGCAUCGUAGGCGGAGGCCUUCUGGUACUCCUGCCCGCGUUUGUGUUCAUUGGGCUGGAGGAAGAUGACUGCUGUGGCUGUUGCGGCCGUGAGAACUAUGGCAAGAGAUGUACGAUGCUUUCUUCUGUACUGGCUGCUCUCAUUGGCAUUGCAGGAUCUGGCUACUGCGUCAUUGUGGCAGCGCUGGGUUUGGCAGAAGGACCAAAGUGUAGUGAUUCCCACGGUGUGUGGAACUACACCUUUGCCAACACUGAUGGACAGUACCUUCUGGAUCCCACUACAUGGUCCAAGUGCCAUGAGCCUAAGAAUAUUGUGGAAUGGAAUGUGACCCUAUUUUCUAUCCUCUUGGCGCUCGGUGGAAUUGAAUUCAUCUUGUGUCUUAUUCAAGUCAUAAAUGAAGUGCUUGGAGGCAUAUGUAGCUAUUGCUGCUCCCACCAACAGCAAUAUGACUGCUAAAAGAACACAAGACAGAACCACAUGCUUCCUUUAUUUCACUGUAACUUGUAUAUUUUACUCGUGUUAUGCAACUUUGUACUGGUGUAUCAUAUUCCAUAAUUCUACUUUUACAAAGAAAUGUGCGGACAUCGUCACAUGAUGUCAGCGUUUGCAUUAUCAAGCAAACUUUGUUUAAAGAAUGAGGCAACAGACUGCACUCACUCUGAAGGUAUUUUUACAGACUGAAUGACUGUUCUCAGCAUAGCUGAGAUAAACUCUUCAAUAUUUAAGAUAAAAAUCACAUUUAACUAUUGUGCAUAUGUGUAUUUUAAAUAAAGGAUCUACAGUUUCCUUUUUAAGAUCAAGAAGGACAAAAAACCCUGAAAAGAUGUUUGUCAAACUGUUUAUAUGGCGUUUCCCAUUUGUGUGUGUACAAAUCUCUAAGAGGCCCUCUGAAGUGAGAGAGAAGAGCUUGCCUGGAUUUGGAAAGCUCAUUGAGAAAGCGCUAAUCCAAGUACAUGAAAAGAAAUAAGUAAAGCUGCCAGUGGCUGUGAACACAA